AUGUCGGCGACUCCACCCCGACAUGGCCGGUCAUUAUCACUUCAAGAGCGGGCUAGUUUGCUCUCGGCCACAAGCAAGCCCGGCAUUCGCUUGGUCCCGUACUCCCCGCCCCGGCUCGAUCCUGAUGAUCGGGCGCCAAGCCAGGCCUCGUCGCGCGACAAACGCGGGUCGGGCAAUUUUAACGACAAUGCUAGCAACCAAGCGUCGAAUUCGAGGCGAACGAGCUGGAAAGAUGAGGUAGCUGGCAGCGACGGUGCAGCCCAGGGGUCCGCAUUGCCGUCGCCUAGUCUGCGCCGGUCCUCAUUGGUGUGGUCGAGUGAUGAACGAGUUUCAGGGGUGAAACCGUCAAGGUCCAGUCUGCCGGCCAUGGGCUCCGCUAAGCCAACCGCACCGCCGCGGGGCUCACCAUCUGAUAAUGCUGACCUUCAUGCGACUGCGUCAGCGCCCCGGCGCUCCCGCGCAGACUCGUCCCCGUCGCCAUCUUCUACCUCCUCCCACCACUCGCGUCAACGCUCCCAGUCCCGUCGAGGCACCCUGCGCUUGGCCGUCCACUCGAACGGGACCUUCUCCCUCGUACCCGAAGAGCCGCAGUCCGACGCGGCAGAGAGCGUCACGGAGGACAACGCCCCCUCGACCCAGCCGUCACCUCUACCUUCUUCCUCCUACACAUCCCGGACCCCGAGCGCUCAGGAUCGCCCAUCGAUCGACACGUGGAGCCGUCGCGAUAGCACACCCUUAACCGGCGCGAGUACCGUAGUACUCGACCAAAGUUUCUGUGAUCCCUCAGAUUCCACCUCGUCCUCCAACUCCUCGUCUACCACGCACCUCGUUGAGGACCCUGAAGCGGCUUCGCCCUGGAAUUAUCGUCUGGUCGGUGGCAUACGCAAAGUUCCCACGACACCAGACAACAAAAGGGGGAAACAGCCCACCUACCGCACAUCAACAUCAUCCUUGGAGACACAGCUAGCUGCCCUUCCGGAAUCAUCGACCCUCAUCGACGACGAAGAGGAAGAGGAAACACCGACAAAGUCUGUCGAGCCGAAACCGUCCUUCUCAUCGACCGAGUCCGGCCAAACGAUCGAAACCGUUUCUGAAGCGACAAAUUAUAAAGUGUACGGCCCCGGGUCGGUCGUGCCCGAGUCCAGUGACAGUCUCGUGUUCAACAGUGCCGGCGCAUCCAACUGGGAGGUCUUGGGCCAGUCGUCCCCAGCCCCUACCUUCCUCAGCAGCUCAGCCGCCGCUUCGCGGGCCGGUAACGAGAACUACGUGGUACAUGGCGCUCCGUCCUUGUCGCCUUCGUCGUCGCUUGCUACCGUUGCUCGACGGCCACGCCUCGAAUACUCCCAAGAAAGCCUUGUCGUUGCGCCAUUGAGGCCGGCGAAGAAGAGGUCGUACGAGAGGUUUGGGUACUACAAACAACGGUCCCGUGAGACACUCCGGUCUCGCAACAACUCCGUUCAGUCGCUGAGGGCCGCCGCCGCCGCCCAAGACGCAGCACAGGCUCACAAUCCGGGCACUUCGCCCAACCAGCGCCCUCCGUGGUAUGGUCAUCGUAAGGGAGUGUCCAGUUCCUCCAUCCCCCAAAACACCUCCGCCACCGUCCGGCCGCCGGGCCCCAUGAACGCAUCACAAUCACAACCCCACCAAUGGAGCUCGCAGCUGUCCACCGUCAUGUCCGAAAGCGAAGGUGGCAGCGACCUGGCCCGCUCCGUCUCGCCCCUUUCUUCCGAAAGGAGCGGGGGCCACCACCGCCGUCAUAGCAGCACGGGCUGGGUCGGCUCCACGCACAGCCGUCAGAUGGCCAGCAUGUCGUCCUCGAUAGCCGGGCAGCUCGAAGAGGGCGCACCGACAAACACAUCGGGUAGUGACUCAAUCGAGAGGCCGCAGCCCAGCUACGCACGCGCUGGCCCUUCCCAGAUCCGCAUGGUGCGCGACCAAGACGAACACGGAGACGGCUUGGCCGAUCUUGAAGACAUGCCAUCCAUGACGGGGCUGUCCGCGCUCUACGCGAGCGGUGCCGGCUGGAAUCUCCACUCCAACUCGAGCUCCCGCGCCAACAGUCUCACCUCCUCGAUCCCCGCGUGGGCCCAGGUCUACUACGGCUCGGGCGAGCACCGCUUCCUCGGCCGCCGGCCCUCCUUUCUCACCGUCUCCGAAAACGGCACCGACAGCCGCCCGCCCAGCUCGGGCAUGCGCGGCAGCGAGUCCCCGAACUCGGGCGACUUCAACUUCCCUCAGACCCUUUUCAGCCCCCGCAAACGCGCUCGCGAGGUCCAGCCCAACAACGCAGUCCCUGCGCCCGACCAAGGGUCCAUGGAGAUCGCCCAGGUGCCGCCCUCCCGCAACGGUAGCCGCCGUGGCUAUCAAGAUUACCACGUCUUCCGCACCCUCAAGCAAAAGACCUCCAGCAUCUGGUCCCCCCAUCUGCAACCAGACCGACGUACCACUCGCUACAGUGUGUGGGACCCCCCUAGUGUUAGCUGGUCUGCCGACAGCGGGCUUCUCGGCAAGCGGAACGCGCAGGUCCUGCUGUUCAUCCUGGGCUUUGUUUUUCCCUUCGCCUGGAUGAUCGCGGCCUUGUUGCCAUUGCCGCUAAACCCGAAGCAGGAGAUGCUCGAUGUGGAGAGCGGCCAGGACGAGGAGAAGAACCCGUACAGCUCGACGCACCCGGCGCUGCGGUACCAGAAGUACGCGGUGGAUGAGUCGCGGUUUGAGAGCGCCCGGUGGUGGCGGAACCUUAAUCGGGGCAUGUCGGUUGUUGGGCUCUUGAUUGUCGGCGCCGUUGUUGCACUUGCUGUGGUCGGGGUUCGUCAGGGAUGGGGUCGCAACUGA